ACCCAGUGUAGACGCCUCGGUAUCCUUCGUGCCUCCUCUUCAAAGAACCAUGGCGGCGGGCGUGGCAGCGUGGCUGCCUUUUGCAAGGGCGGCGGCCAUCGGGUGGAUGCCUGUGGCCUCGGGACCCAUGCCGGCUCCCCCGAGGCAGGAGAGGAAAAGGACCCAAGAUGCUCUCAUUGUGCUGAAUGUGAGUGGCACCCGCUUCCAGACGUGGCAGGACACCCUGGAACGUUACCCAGACACUCUACUGGGCAGUUCUGAGAGGGACUUUUUCUACCACCCAGAGACUCAGCAGUAUUUCUUUGACCGUGACCCAGACAUCUUCCGCCACAUCCUGAAUUUCUACCGCACUGGGAAGCUCCACUACCCUCGCCACGAGUGCAUCUCUGCUUACGAUGAAGAACUGGCCUUCUUUGGCCUCAUCCCGGAGAUCAUCGGCGACUGCUGUUAUGAGGAGUACAAGGAUCGCAGGCGAGAGAAUGCCGAGCGCCUGCAGGACGACGCGGAUACCGACACCACGGGCGAGAGCGCGUUGCCCACCAUGACGGCAAGGCAGAGGGUCUGGCGGGCCUUCGAGAACCCUCACACCAGCACGAUGGCCCUGGUGUUCUACUACGUCACGGGGUUUUUCAUUGCCGUGUCUGUCAUCGCGAAUGUGGUGGAGACAGUGCCGUGCGGGUCGAGCCCAGGUCACAUUAAAGAACUGCCCUGCGGGGAGCGGUAUGCCGUGGCCUUCUUCUGCUUGGACACGGCCUGCGUCAUGAUCUUCACCGUCGAGUACUUGCUGCGCCUGGCUGCAGCGCCCAGUCGGUACCGUUUUGUGCGUAGUGUCAUGAGCAUCAUCGACGUGGUGGCCAUCCUACCUUACUACAUUGGGCUGGUGAUGACAGACAAUGAAGACGUCAGCGGAGCCUUUGUCACACUCCGUGUCUUCCGGGUCUUCAGGAUCUUCAAGUUCUCCCGCCACUCUCAAGGCCUGCGCAUCCUGGGGUACACACUGAAGAGCUGUGCCUCAGAAUUGGGCUUCUUGCUUUUUUCGCUCACCAUGGCUAUCAUCAUCUUCGCUACCGUUAUGUUCUACGCUGAGAAGGGGUCUUCGGCUAGCAAGUUCACCAGCAUCCCGGCAGCCUUCUGGUACACCAUCGUCACGAUGACGACACUGGGGUAA